AUGCCAACGGACGGCGUGCUGGAGCACAACUUCAUCCUCCAGCACUACCUUGACGAAGCACGAGGAGGAAACAGUGACGUCUACAUUGCGUCGCUGGACCUGACGAACGCGUUUGGAUCAGUGCCAACCGAGCUGAUCGACGCCUCCCUCCGCCGGAUGGGUGCAGGACAAGCCUUCAUCGACGUCGUCCAGAGCAUCACAAGGGACAACUCUACGAGGAUCAUGACGGCCGAUGGUGAAACGAACGUGAUUCCUGUGCACUGUGGAGUCCGCCAAGGCUGCCCUAUCAGUGGGCUCUUGUUCAAUAUUGCAAUUGAACCUAUCUUACGAACGGCCAUUGCAACUGGCCUUGAUACCGAUCCUGACUUCAAACACCCCUGCCUGGCCUAUGCAGAUGACAUCACACUGCUGGCCAGAACUGAAGCAGGUCUACAGAGCCUCCUGGACGUCACAACGGCGACCUGUGGGGACCUGAGACUGGCUCUAAACCCCAGAAAAUGCUCCUCUAUGCAUAUGUCUGGGAGACAGCCAAGGGGAAUGAGAAAUACGACCUUCAACAUCGGCGAGACGAACAUCAACUGCCGUAGAAACGGCGAAGAAACUAAGUUCCUUGGCCGGCCAGUAGGAUUCCACCUACUGCCAAAUUCUACAGCAAUUGACGAAUUCAAGAAGCUGGGGGAAGCCAUACUGACCAGCAAGUUGGCGCCCUGGCAAAGGAUUGAUGCUCUAAAGACCUUUGUAUUCCCCACGACGGUAUUCGCCAUGAGAACGUGGCAGCUGAGGAAGGGAGACUGGCAGGAGCUUGAUGAUCAUCUAAGGAAAUUAAUCAAGUCAACACUCUAUCUCCCGACCCGAGCUACAAAUGACUACCUAUAUGGCAGCGCAGCGGCAGGCUCCUGUGGAAUCCCCCUUGCUGCAGAGGACUCAGACGUGUUUGUGAUUGAUUCGGCCUUCAAACUUCUUACUACGCCGGACCAAGACACAAGAAACAUCGCGAGAGAGGACUGCACCAAGGUCGUGACCCGGAGACUACGAGAAGACGCUACAUUAGUGAAUGUCUGCCAAUACCUGUCCAAGGAAGCAAUGGCUCAGCGGCCGACUGAUCACGAAACAGUCUGGUCCAGAGCAAGAAAUGCAUCAGCAAGACUAGACACGAAAUGGUCUGCCGACGGCGAAGAGUUAGCACUAACAUGCGGGGAACGGACCAUGACAAAGAAGGAGAGAAGACUCGUGGCAAGGAACAUCCGCAAUCACCAUCGUGGACUCAGAGACGAACGCCUGCAGGACAAGCCGGACCAAGGAAAAGUGAUGAAGCAAGUCGCAAAAGUCCGAGCCUCGUCCUCCUUCAUCUACGACGGAGCAUUCACUACCUUUGCAGACUGGAGGUUCAUCCACAGGGCUAGGCUUAAUCUCCUCCCCCUCAAUGGAGCAAGGCGCUUCAAUGUUAACUCUGACAAACGUUGCAGGCGUUGCAGGAACCCAAACGAGACUCUACCACAUGUUCUUAACCACUGCAUGAGGCUGUCCAACCCCAUGAACAAGCGCCACAAUGCACUAGUUCAACGGAUCGUGAAAGCUGCUGAAGGACGAUUCUGGAAGGUCAUCACGGCGAAUCAGCAGAUCCCUGGCAUCGACAGCAACCUACGGCCGGACAUCGUCCUCGAGAAGAAUGGAGAAGUCCUCCUCGUCGACGUGACGUGCCCCUUCGAGAACGGCGAAGCCUCCCUGGAUGAAGCCAGGCUGCGAAAGGAGCAGAAAUAUGCGCCGAUUGCAGCUGCGCUGAGACGGACCUACAAGCAGGUUACUGUCCACGCCUUCAUCGUGGGCUCACUAGGCUCGUACGAUCCGAGGAAUGACAAGUUGAUGAACAGGCUCGCCUCCAAGAAGUACCAGAAGCUCUUCAGGAAGCUCUGCGUCACCGAUACGAUUCGAUGGUCGAGGAUGAUCUACAUCGAACACGUGACCGGCGCCCGGCAGUAUUGA